AUGCCUUCCAGCUUUGUGAGCCUAACUCCGCUCAUAAGAACAGAAACUGGGAUAUACUGCCAUCUUCUGGAAGUAGAUAAUGUAAAGAUUCUGAUAAAUUGUGGAGCAUCUUACACAAUGGACAUGUCUAUCUAUGCCCCUAUCCUUCCCCAGAUACUUUCCUGUGAUGCCAUCCUCUUGACAAGCUUCGGCAUCAAUUGUAUCGGAGGCCUACCCUAUAUCCUGCAGAACAACUAUUAUAACAAAGUCUUUUCUUCGGUACCGGUUAAGGUUCUUGGGAAGAUAUGCCUGGACGAGCAUCUAAGAGGAAUGGGGUUGGAGGCAGAAGUAGACAUUGGAUGCUUUGAAAGGAUAUCGGAGAUAAAGUAUUCGCAACCAACGAUGGUAAACGAUGUCGAGAUAUGUGCAUACAACUCUGGAAAUUCCAUUGGAGGAUGCUUGUACAAGAUAAGCAAAGGCGCAGAGAAAAUUGUUGUUGGGUUCAAUGCAAACCAUCGAAAGGAGAACCAUCUUGAUGGGAUGGGAUUUGCUGGAGUGGGAGAUUGCAGUCUGUGUGUGUUUAAUGGAAAUCACGUUCUGGCCGAGAACAUCUCGAUUGCGAAGAGAGACAAUAUGUUCAGAGAAGCGAUUGGAAGCGCCCUUGAUUUGGGAAGAAAAGUGAUUUUGCCAGUGAAGUAUUCACGAUUUCUUGAGGUUGCUUUGAUACUCAACAGUUUUAUGGGGCAAAGAAGUGAAAAGAUUGCAUGCCUGUCAUACUUUGGGCAGAGAUUUGUAGAAAGAGCAAAGUCGAUGAUAGAGUGGGCUGGAGAGAAGGUCUCCUCCAUGUUUUCUGAAGAGAAGAUCAACCCAUUUGAAUUUGAAAAAAUCGAGUUUAUAGGACAUUAUCGGGAUGUUUCUGAAUUUGAUGUUAUAAUUGUGAUUGAUGAGUAUGUGCAUGGAGGAAUACUCACGACGGUUCUUCACAAGUUUAAUGAUGAGAACAAUGUUGUUUUUCUCACAGAUCCCAGGAUGGAAGCCAUUAUCAAAAAAGAGUCGUUGGGGAUGAAGUGGUAUGACUUCAGGCUUGUGGAAAGGGUAAAUGAGAAGAAAAGGGGGAAUGGAGACAUUGAGGCCUCUGUCAUUAUAGACGAUGCACCUGAUGCAAAUGGAGCCGAGACACAUUGGUCUGAAACGAGAUAUGAAGUAUGGUGUGAAGGAGGAGAUGAAGUCUUCCCGGCGGUAUCAAGAAGGAGGGCAUAUGAUGACUAUGGGGAGUACAUGGACAGAUCAUUGUUCGUAAGUGAGAUUCUCUCUGCAGAAGAAAUAUCUGAGGAAAAGAUGGAGAAGGAGGUGGUAGUAGAAGAAAGAGAGGUUGCAGGGGAAGGAAUUGUUUUGAAAUACAGAGUUGAAAAGAUGGACUUGAUGGGAAUCUCGGAUUUGAACUCUUGCAAGAUGAUAAUAGAAACCAUCUCUCCAAAGAAACUUGUAUGCAUUGGAGAGGAUGAGGAUACAGAGUGCUUCUUCUACCAUACGUUCAAGUAUAUGCCGUGCUUUGAGGAUGUAUACAUGUGUAGGAGCAAGAUAAUUCUGUCCUCCGAUGUUUCUAUGGGAAUGGUGAAGCUAGAUGAAGGAUUCGACAGUCUGAACUACCAGAUGAUAGGGAAUGACACGGUGGGGAGUUUCCGAGGAGUCAGGGAUGGAGAUGUGGUGAGAUGCAUUGGAAACGGCCCCGGGGUGAUGAUAGGGCAUGUAGACAUUAAUGAGCUAAGAAGAAUGAUCAUCGAAAGGAACAUGAGGGUGGAGCAGGAGGAAAACGGGCUACUGGUUGAAGAUUGUGUGUGGAUUAGGAUAAAUGCAGACGGGCUAACGAUAGAUGGAAAAGACUCGGGAGUGUUUUAUGCUGUUCGUGAUGUUGUGUACAUGAACUCGGCCUUCAUAUGA